AUGGCGUCAGCCGCGAAGAAACAAUACGGUUUGGGCAAAAAUGUGGAUGUAUCAUUUGAUGAACAAACCGGUGAAAUUGACGUUAAAGCAGCGAAAGAAGUCGUCAGGAUAGUUCAGAACCCUCAGAGUGAGAUCCUUUUAGAUGAGGCACGCAAGGAAAAUCCUGAUAUUCAGGUUGGGGAUUUUCUUUCACAGGGUGUCGAAACCGAGGGGCUGGGGAGGAUAGCUGCGCAAAUUGCUAAGCAAGUAAUAUUGCAGCGAGUACGAGAGGCAGAGCGUGCGAAUAUUUACGAAGAAUUCAAGGAGCGUGAAGGCGAUUUGAUUACAGGGUCUGUCUCCCAGGUAGAGCGCGGCAAUAUUUAUGUAGAUAUUGGUCGUACAGAGGCGAUCCUCCCUCGUCGGGAGCAAAUAUUCAGAGAGGUCUAUAAGCGUGGUGAUCGGAUCCGUGCUUCUAUUAUGGAGGUGCGCGAAAUAACGAAAGGUCCUCAAAUUGUUCUCAGCAGAACGCAUCCUGGCUUGCUGAUUCGUCUAUUUGAGAUGGAAGUACCGGAAAUUUACGAUGGCAUAGUGGCCAUAAAAGAUUGCGUCCGAGAGCCUAGUGGACGUUCAAAAGUUUCUGUUGUAAGUCAUGAACGAGACAUCGAUCCCGUGGGCGCAUGUGUAGGGACACGGGGCAGCCGUGUGCAAUCGAUUGUUCAAGAGCUUAGAGGAGAGAAAAUCGAUAUCAUCUCUUGGAGUGACGAUAUACGCACAUAUGCGGCUAAUGCGCUCAGUCCUGCCAAAAUCCAGCACAUCACUUUGUUUGAUGAUGAAGGUCGAAUGGAGGUAUUGGUGCCUGACGAUCAGCUUUCUCUGGCGAUUGGGAAAGGCGGCCAAAAUGUUCGCUUGGCAGCUAAACUCUUGGGCUGGAAAAUUGAUCUGAAAGGUGAGGGUGAGUAUCGACGCAUUAUUGCCGAGCAGGCAUUUUCGAGCGACGACCGCCAGGAGAAUGUUGCUGACGUGGAAGAUCAGGACGAAAGCAUUCAACCGACGGAAGCUGAUGGAGACUCUGCCAGUGAAUUAAUAGAAUUAGAUCUUGUUGGUGAGAAAAUGGCGCGGCUUUUGGCGGACAAUGGAUUUUCUACGAUUGCGGCGAUUAGCGCGGCAUCGACGGAUGAAUUAUGUGAGGUUCCCGGGAUUGGGCCCAAGAGGGCCGAGUUGCUGAUUGAAGCUGCUCGUUCUCAUGAAAAAUCCACUGGCAUGGAGUCCCAUGAGGGAUGA